AUGCAGCAGAACCACAAUUUUUCUGCAUCAGACCGUUGCGAUGAGGCCCAGUUGAUGGCGAUUGAAUGGCAUCCCGGUCGGGACGCCUUCUCAACUGAAAUGAUCUUGUCACCACGGGCCAUUCAGUCAUGUUGUCAAUGGCCACCGUCUGUGAUACCAGCCUGCUCAGGUGAGAUAAUGUAUGUUCAUGGCCUCGACUGUUAUUUCAACCGGGUACGACCUCCAAUAGUUGCCAUGUCGGGGCAUUCGAAGGAUGCAUUUUUGUCUUCACAAUUCACACAAUCUUCAGCUCUCCCUCGUCGUCUUACCAAUCCACCACUUCUAUGCAUUUCACUACAAACCCAAAUUGUUGAGCUCUUCUUUUUCCUGUCACAUCUUCUGCACAUCUACAUGAACAAAGAAGCAAGACUGGAAGGCCAUCUAUUUAGUAGCAUAGAUUCAGCAACGUAUUUUACUCUUGCUCUCCUCACCAUACUCAAGUGA